AUGGUCGCCCUCUCUCUCCUCGCCGCCAUCGCCUCGACCCUCUCGCUCGCCGCCGCUGCGCCGACGGGCAACCUGGUCGAGCGUGCCGACACUUCGGCCUGCACGACUGGCUCAGCCAUCCACAUCAUCGUCGCGCGCGGCUCGAACGAGGCUCAGGGCGAAGGCGUCCUCGGCCAGAUUGCGACGAUGGUGAAGUCGCAGCUCCCUGGCUCGACGAGCGAGGGCAUCGUCUACCCGGCUACGCUCGUCCCGUACGCCUCUUCGGAGGCCGCCGGCGUCGCCGCCUUGACGAACGCGAUCCAGUCGUACACUACUCGCUGCCCGUCGUCACGGUACUCCGGAGCUCACGCCGUCGGCGACACGCUGUGCGGCUCGUUCGGCAUCUUUGGCCGCUCGAACGAGGACUUUGACGCCAUCGAGGCGCUCGACGCGAGCAGCGACUGGAAGUACGAGGGCCUCUCGGACGCCGAGAUCAGCGCCUUCUCGGUCGACGAGCCUCAGUCUACCCUGUCGGAGCGCGCCAUCUCGGCCACGGCCAACAAGAACCUCGUUGCGAUCCUCCUGACGGGCGACCCGACUUGGGUCCCGGGCCAGUCGUACAACGCCGGCACGUCCACGCGCCAGGGCAUCUUCCCUCGUCCCAGCUCGGGCCUGCAGUGCCUCAACACGUUCGCGAGCCGCACCCGCAGCUACUGCGACGCCAACGACAGCGUCUGCGCGAGUGGCUUCUCGAUUGCCGUCCACCUCUCGUACGUCGCCAAGUACGGUACCGAGGCCGCCACGUUCGUCGUCAACAAGGCUCGCGCUGCGUGAGCCGUCGCCGUCGCCAUCCUUUUCCCCUCUCUCUCGUUUCCUCCUUCCUUCUUUUACUCUCUCUCUCGGGCCACGACCAUCGUCAAA